UCACAAGAGGAAGAGAGUUUGAGGCGAUGCAGAGUGGAAUGGCAGCCGUGCCAAUGUUCUCGCAUGCACGCAACACAAAACAAUGGUUUCCAUUAGAUUCGAAGCACCAGCUUUUAUGUGCAAGCAAAGUGAGGAAAACUCACGGUGCUUACGCAAGGAAUUUAGUAUCAAUGCGCGUUUGUUGUGAGAAUAAAGAAGACGGUCGCAUGGAAAUGGACCGCCGACGGCUGCUGUUAUCGUCAUCGACAUUAAGCGUUACGGCUUUAACGAGCGGGAAGGCCAUGUCCAAACCAUUUCCGGCGCCUGAUCUGUCUACGUGUACGUACCCCACUGAUCUUCCGACUUGCGCAACGGUAAAUGGCGGGUGCUGUCCUCCAUUCAAAGCGGGAGAAACUACCGUGGACUUCAAAUUUCCGACGUCUCUGCCGAUGCGGACUCGUAAAGCGGCGCACCUGCUGGACGACAAGUUCAUCGAAAAGUAUGAUAAGGCAUUGACGGCAAUGAAGAAGCUCCCCUUAGAUGACCCUCGGAGUUUUGUCCAGCAAGGCAGAGUGCACUGCGCAUACUGCAACGGAGCCUACAAGGUGGGAUCAGAUAACGUGCAGGUUCACAAGUCAUGGAUCUUUGCGCCUUUUCAUCGCUGGUAUAUCUAUUUCUACGAGCGCAUUUUGGCAUCGCUCAUCCAAGACGAUACCUUUGCGCUGCCAUUCUGGAGCUGGGACACCAAGGAAGGGAUGUCGAUUCCCCCCAUCUACGUCGACAAGUGCAGCUCCUUGUACGACAAUAACAGGGAUCCAUGUCACCAGCCUCCCACGCUUAUCAAUCUGGCGACCCCAACCAGCUGUGACUCGGGCGUUGUGGAGGCCAACUAUGCUAACAUCUAUAACCACAUGGUGUCUGGUGCGGAAACGGCAGAGCUCUUCCACGGUGCGACUAUUAGGUACGAGUCCGCCCAGCCAACUACUUUGGCGGCAGGACCGCUGGAAAGUUCUCCGCAUAAUCUUGUUCACCUCUGGAGCGGCUCUUCCACUAACCCAAACCGUGAAGACAUGGGCAGUUUAUACUCGUCAGGAAAAGAUCCUUUGUUCUAUUCCCAUCACUCCAACGUGGAUCGCAUGUGGUUCAUCUGGAACAACAAAUUGGGCAAAAAGAACUUCCAGGACAAAGACCUUUUGGAGACCGAGUUCCUGUUCUACAAUGAGAAUAAACAGCUUGUAAAGGUUAAAGCCGGCGAUUGUUAUGAUAUAAGCAAGCUUAGGUAUCAAUAUCAGGAAUUAGAGCUCCCUUGGUUAAAGGAGGGGCGAUCAUUGAAGGCGGCCGGAAAGCUCGUUCCUAAGCCUAAAACAACCACAUUUGAAAAGCUUGUCGAUGAGAAGGCCAAGACGCUGUCGUCUCCUCUGACCUUGAAGGUUGAGAGGCCGAACAAGAGUCUUGGGAAAGGGCAGGUGGAGGUUCUUAGAAUUGAGGGACUGGAGACUGACAGAAAGGGUUUUUCAGGGUUCGAAAUAUUCAUAAAUUAUCCUGAGGCCAACUCCAGCACUCCCUUUAACAGCCCUCAUUAUGUGGGCUCCUUUACGAGUCUUGGGCACGGCAUCAUGGAAUCUAUGAAGUCAAUGACUACUAAGGAGAUUUUCAAGAUUGGGAUUUCUGAAACGCUGGAAGAUUUGGGCAUAGAGGAUGACGAUGAAAUACUCGUUACACUCGUCCCAAAGCCGGCCAAAGAUUUGCGUACGGCUCCCAUUACUUAUACUUCCAUAAAGAUUGAAUAUGUUAGCAAGUAAUAUUACCUGGUCAGAACAAGAGGAUUAUUGCCUUUCCCACCACCUUCCUCAUAUUUCAGUAGUAUAUUAGCAUAGUCUACCCUAAGACCUAAUUACCUCAUAUUAUUUUUUUUAUAUGAGGUAUAAUAUUUUUCUUACAUGAAAUGUUGAAUCUGGCAUUGUUGCAUUGCUAAAUUUCCUCUCUUAAGCAUUUAUCCUUAUGCAGAAAGGUUUCAAAUAUAGUAUUGUUAUAAGUUUUUUUUUAUUUCACAUUUUAUUA